CCUUGGUUCGUGCGAAUCAUGAUCCGCGCUGGCUGUGCUAGCAACGCCCGCCCCUACCACCAGCAGGUUUGGGCGCAUCCGUCGUCUCACCACCAAAAACCAGCUGGCCAGCAGGAACAUCAGAGUUCUGUGCUCUGAAUGGUGUCCGUGAACCUUGCUCCCGCAUGGACAACCCGCUACUUGGGCUGUCCUUGACGCUGAGGAUGCGUUUGAGGCGUCGACCUGAAAAGUCUAGACCUUGCAACAAGGUCAGCCCCGGAUAUCGCCUCAGCCACCCUCAUCUACCGUUACGCUUAUUUGGCAGUGGAAAGAAAAACACGAGAUUGGUUUCGCUGCCUUGUACAGCCUUCACCAGCCCGUGUAUUUCUGGCCCCCAUUGAUUCGGCCAGGCCCCUUGCUCAUGAUCAGCAAGUGUUGUCUGCCUUAAGACUGCUCGGAGCAGGCGAAACGAGACGAGACUUAGCAGUUAGCACUGGCGUUGCCGACUUUUCCUUCCUCUUCAUCAGCUCUGCGAUUGCUCUACUUCUUGACGACGAUUGCCCAGGUCUCAAUACCUCUUCGUUCCUCGCGGUUCGUGAUCAUCCAACAGGCCGGGAGAGAGUGAGUAAAUGUAGCAUCAAGGUGGCCGCCAUGAUGUGGAUCUCAAUCUCUCCAGCCAGCCAAAUUCGCCAGGGCUUGGUCCUUCUAUUCUUCUUGUUCUUUUGCGUCAACCUCACAGUGCAACAACGAGAUCCCAUAUCAAAUUUCUGUCGAAGAUGGGGCCAUCAGAGUGCUGUGGUUGACGACAAACUUUACAUUGGCGGUGGAUUGGUUACCUAUGAUGGUAGUUCUGGAACACCACAAAACUUCUCCAGUAUGCGAACCCUACUCAGUCUCUCACAUUCGAGUGGCGAGAUUCCGUCGAAGUAAUGUCGACGGCCGGCUUAUUGACCAAUACUCCUAUAGACCCCUACUUUAUUUACCAUGAUCUCAGCAACGUAGCCAGUUCAGGCAUGCCCCAACCAUACGCGAACCUGAGCAAGAACUCCACGGUUCCCGAUGUAAGUGGUGGAAUCUUUUGGCCUGAUACUAUCAACAAGAAAAUUUAUCUCUUUGGCGGCGAAUUCAAUGGCGUCACCCCUUGGGACUUCGACCUUUAUGCUUACGAUAUCAUAAAUGAUGAGUGGGACAACAUGGGAGUUUCUAGAACAGACGAUGUUGUCGGGCUCAGUUAUGGAGCUGGUUUGUCCAUUCCGGAUCGCGGAGAGGCCUACUACUAUGGCGGAUGGAUGAACAAUGCGACCGAUGCGGAUUGGGGUGACGCUCCCCAGAUACCAACAUCAUACCUACUACGAUAUGAGAUGGACACGAACAGUUGGUCCAACGACACUGGUCCUGAUGACAUUGGCCGCGCCGAGGGUGUGAUGGUUCAUAUCCCUGCCGGAGACGGUGGUAUGCUUGUUUACUUUGGCGGAAUCAGAGCCGCCGAACAUGGUGGUUGGGAAGGUCAACCAAUGGAUCAGAUUAUUCUCUAUGAUGUUCUGAGCGGUAAAAGUUAUUUCCAAAAUGCAACGGGUGAUAUUCCGGAAUCACGUCGACGGUUUUGCGCAGGCGCUACGUGGACCAAGGACCAGUCUUCUUACAAUAUUUAUUUAUAUGGGGGAGCUGGUGAAGAGCAAGGAAGUUCUGGAUUUGAUGACAUUUAUAUCCUGACACUCCCUACCUUCACAUGGAUCAAGAUGUAUCCCGAAGGAAACGGAACUGGGGAUUACCCUCAUCACAGUUUUACCUGCAACGUUGUGAACGAGGCACAGAUGUUGAUUCAUGGUGGUUUCUUCCCCCUGACAAAUGACUGCGAUGUUCCGGACCAAUGGGGUUUACACGACAUGUCCCUGGGGCGACAAAACAAGGACAAGUCGCCCUGGAUGCUUUACGAUCCCGAAUUGACCAAAUAUGCCGUCCCCACUGACAUUAUUUCAGUUGUGGGAGGAAAUUCUAACGGCGGAGCUACCAAGACAGCACCAGCCGAUGGCUUCGACCACCAAGAUCUGAAAGCCCUCAUGACACGGACGGCAUCGGCAGGAUCAAGGACUGCAACCCGAGAUGUAUCUGUCCCUACUGAGACUGGAGAUCAUGAAAGUGGAGCAACGUUAUCGACUGGUGCCAUUGCAGGUAUCGCAGCUGGCGGAGCUGUAGCUCUUAUUGCCGUGCUCGUGACAUGCUUCUGCCUCAUCCGAAAGCAUCGACGUCGGCGAGAACGUGUUGGGUCACAGCAGCCGAUGACUCAAUCCUAUGACUACCCAUCAUCCCCAACAUCCAUCUUUCGCCUCGAACCAACCGUCCGCUAGCCCCUGGAGUCCACAGUCAUCAAACUUCACCCCUUCAAGCCCUGUGGGCUAUACGGGCCCGCAACUUGCCCAGUCACAUUCAGGACCGCCAGUGGAACUACCAUCUGGGCAUCUCGAAGAUUCAUCUUACGUUUCACCACGUACAGAGCCGAUUUCGGCGGUUGAACCCAAAUAUGAUGCAAAUGGAAACCUAUGGGUUCCCCAAGUGAGCAUGAUGCAGAUCCCGGACCAAGGCCAUUCCCCCGGAAGUCCUCCAUACUAUGACGGCACAAUAGCUUCUAACUCAUCGAAGAAUGGACCAGAGUAUUUUCCUCCCGGUGCACCGCAGGAACUUGCGGCAGACCGUCGCACUUCGUACGCACCUGGACAACCAGUCCACCAGACGUAUUAUCAUCCAUGACUGGUGUUUCAUAAAGAGAAAACAGAACAAAAAACUCUCCUUUUGCCGAGGACAUAGGCUGAAUGUAUUGGAUUUUCUUAAUGUCGGAUUACGAAAGCAGGGGUUAGGAGUAUUGGGAGGGAACAGCAUAACCAAGCAAGCGGGAUAUUUGAUGGUACACCAACUUCGGCAUUCCAGGGUCAUAUUCACUCCCUCAUAGGUCAUAAAUAUAAGUAAUCGUCUUCUUAAAUAAUCAGUUAUUUUCGUUCAAAAGUCCUAUGCUUACAUAGUAACAUGCAAGCUAUAGCCAAUGCCCCAAGGUAAUAGAAUAGAAUAAAGUAACUGUUCCAAAUCCAAGAUAAUAUAAGACAUCAUAUACUGUGUC